ACAAUUAUACCUCAAGACCCGGCGCUCUUCACCGGAACAUUACGUCUCAAUUUGGAUCCAUUCAACCAAUACUCAGACACUGAUAUCUGGAGGGCCUUAGAGUCGGCACAUCUCAAGCAAUUUGUGGACACUUUGGAGAAGGGAUUGAGUCAUCAGAUCUCUGAAGGCGGAGAAAAUCUAAGUGUUGGACAAAAACAGUUGAUUUGUUUGGCCAGAGCUCUGUUGAGGAGAACUAAGAUCUUGGUGUUAGACGAGGCGACCGCUGCGGUUGAUAUGGAAACGGAUGACUUAAUCCAAGAGACGAUUAGAAAAGAGUUUUGUUUGUCAACUAUUGUUACGAUCGCUCAUCGAUUGAAUACAAUCAUAGAUUACGACAAAGUGUUGGUAAUGGAUAAGGGAAUGGUAGCCGAGUUUGAUUCACCCCAUCAUCUCUUGCAAAACACUAACUCUAUCUUCUAUUCAAUGGCUAAAGAAGCAAAUCUCGUCUAA